CAGGCACAUGUCCAACUUAGCGCUUUUAGAACGCCAGCUAAAGGACAUUAAUGACUUUUCCUAUGAUAGCAAGAUCAUCGCUGUGGAAAUAGCAGGACUGGCACUCGAUGACAUUGCGGAGAAAGAUCUAGAUUUCGCAACGGCCAUCAUAUUUGAUCAGGAAUAUGGUGUUAUACGGUAUUUGUGUACGGCAAUCGAUUAUAAUCGCGUCGAUACCAAUGCCAGUGCCGCCAAGGUAGCCUUGUUGGAAUUCAUUGCCAGAUAUGUUGAACGUAUCAAAGCAUCUGUGCAACCCUAUGUUCGUUAUAUAAAGAUGUGUCUUGCAAAUGAUGGAGGAUAAAUCAUUGAGAGUGAAAACGGCUGCAUUCGAGCCUCUUCUGUCGCUAAUUGAUCCAGCUAAUAAGGUCGAUGUCACCGAAUUAGACUUGCAACAAAUCUUCUCCAAAUUUUCAACCGACUUCACUAUGAGCUCCGCAACAGUCAAACCAGCUGUAAAGGGUCAAAUAUUGCAUUUGCUUGGCAGAAUUGCUAGAUAUCAACCGAGCGUUCUCAAUGAUGGCAACAUCAAGUCCUUCCUUCGUUGGGCAAUCACUACCUUGACACAUCAAUUAUUCCAAGAGCAGAACGCAGAUACAAACUUGAUAACUGGAGCAGUGAGAGGAUUAGACAACUAUUUAUUUCAAUUUUACAACAUAAUUCAACAAAAUCCAAACGAUAUUGAUUCAUUAUACCGAUGUAUAAAAUCAUUACUCGAGGUGCCAGAGGAUUUAUCACGCUACAGCGCUCCACUGGCCACCAUGGAUUUCCUCACAAACCACUUUGCCUUAUUUCACGAGCACUUGGUUGAGGACUGUACAUUUUUCUAUACUCGUUUAGUGAGUUUAUCAAGCCAUCGAAACCGAGACAUGUCAAAAGCGGGAAUCCAUGCUGUGCACAAACUGCUCGAUAUUGUUUCGGACACCUUGGCUAAGUCAACUGCAGGUCCAAGUGAGAAAAAAUGCUUUGCGUUUCUCUUCCGAACCUUUGUACGUAGCUUGAAUCAAGACGACAAUGAGCAAAACGAUCAGAGUAUAUCGGUGGCUAUAUAUGGUAUUGGCUACCUAGCCCAAAGCUGCACGACUUACUUGACUUCAGAUGAAUUUGAUCAGCUUCUGCAAUUAGUUUUAAAGCGAUCUACGUGGCUCUUUUCUGUAACGAACGAGUCGGAAACCCUGGGCAAGGAUCAACUGACUCCCAUCAUUCAGACCUUAGCUCGCAUUGUCGCGGCAAUGAAGACACUUCAUCCAGCUGUCGAAGCUGAGCUACUCAGUGCCACCGACUUCUUUUUUACUUACUACACCAGAAUUGGGCCCUAUUCUCGCCGAUUAGUUGUAGCGGCACUAAAAGAAAUGUUGUAUACUAUUGGAUCCCUUAGCGAGGAACUUCUUCGCAAGUUCUGCCACGAAGCAUUCUUUACGGCAUUAGUAAGCACCGUAUCAGGUAUCAGCACAGCGGCAAUCACUACUCUAGAUGCAAGGCAACAAGAUUGGAUCGAAUUUCGCUAUGUAUGGGAACAGAUACUGCAGGAGCCAGCUGAAACUGAUAAUGGAGAUAUGAUGGAUGUGGAUUCAGACAACUUGCCGAUUAGCACUAUUCUAUACGACGAACUAAUAAGUACAAAUAUCGUAUUUCUUAAUACACUGGAUCUUGGCACAAUCGAGUACGAUCAAUCUGAGGAUGCCGAUACGUCGAAAGUAACCUUUCAACGCACUCAGACAUCAUCUACGGGUGACGUGCGAGCACUGAAACCUCUCGUAGCCAAAGACUUUGAGCUUUUCCAAAACUUUGUCGAUUUCUCCUUAUACUUCUUUCCAAAUAUUCGACCAGACUUAUACGAAAGAUGGGUUUAUCUAUUUGGUGUUUGUAUAAUUGAUUUAAGCAACAAAUGGCCAAUCGUCAGCGGAUUUUACAAACUAAUGUCUUGUACUCUUACGGUCUGCAAAAGAUAUGAAAUCUUCAAGAAGGAAAGUUCGGAGGUGGAAAGAGAGAAAGUGCUGUACAGGGAGUAUAUCAUCGAUGUGCUUGCUCGUAUUGAACAGUAUCAGGAUGAUUUAUUGAUUAGUGGAUUAAACCUAAUACUGUUGGCACCUUUGGAACUCUUGGAUGUACAUUAUUUUGUGAGCCCAUUACAGACAUCCCUUGAAAUCGGACUUACUCAAACUGACAUCGCAUCCACGGCCGUCGACACUCUGAGCUUCAUAUUGGAGUAUGCGCAGCUUCAAGAUGAUGACCAACGUCGAGCCGUGUACAUCAAAGAAAUCACUCAUGUUGUACCAUUUCUAAGCAACUACCUUGCUACGGAUUUACAAAGUGAUAUGGAGAUAGAGGUGUCGUCAGACUUCAAUCCAAUCAAAAGACCAAAGAAAGUCAAAUUAAAAGCAGAGAAUAAGAGGCACCAGAUCAGCGAAGGCUUGCUUGGGGUGCUGGCUCAAGAUCCAGAGUCGGCAGCAGAUUUGCAAAUACGCAUCCUUCGAUUCCUCGGUCGACUGGGUGGUUAUAACAAGAGUCUCCUUGAUCCGAAACGCCACGUAAAAGAUAUGAAGUCGUAUGAGCUUGAACAAAGUGAUCCACAUCUUCGAGUGGCCAAGCAUCAUAUAGAAGUUCUGUCUUGGGAUCCAGAGCGCCAUGUCAAAGUCAGGAUUCCGUUUACAGAAGCAAGAGUUGAUCUUCCUUUAGACGAAAUUCUCCCUCGUGUAUGUAGCUUAGCGGAAAAUUCAUUAGACCGUGCUACCAAAGUUACUGCAUGUGAACUACUACAAGCAACGCUUAUGAUCAUGAUAGGAAACAGUGCUUUUCAAGCCCGUGGUAGCAAAGAGCUUGUCAAGUCCCCGUAUCAUCGUCUUUAUGUCAAGAUAUUUCCAAUCAUCCUACGUUUGGCUAUUAACACGGAUCAGACCAUUCGUGAUAUCAUACGUCCAUUGCUAUCACAAAUGAUCCACUGGCUAACAAACAAUGCACAAUAUGAAAACGCUGAAACCAUCGCUUUGCUAAAUACUUGCAUAGAUGGAGUAUGUGACGCUAACGGAACCCUGCAAGACUACAGUGCGGAAUGCUUGCAUGAAUUUGUAAUGUGGUCUAUCAAGCAAACGGAUGUGAAGCGUCAGGAAGAAAACCCAAUUAAUAUGAAGUCCUUGCUCAAACGAGUGUAUGCACUCGCGUCAAAUCCAAAACCUACAAAGCGACUUGGUGCUGCCCUUACAUUCAACCGAAUAUAUCGACUGUUCCGAGAAGAAGAGUCGUUAGUAGAUCAAUUCACGCUCGAAAUUCUCUAUUGGAUGCUUUUCAGUCUCAAACUUGCCAGUGAUGACCACGAGAGCGCGGGAACUCAACAGCAAGCUUUGCAUGCUAUCAAUCAUCUUCAACGAAUACUUCAUAAGAAGCAUACUUUAUUCCUGCGGCAAACAGCUCGUCGACGGCCCAUUCCAAACUUGGAGAAGGCGGAUUUAGCGACCUUCAUCGACUUUACAUUCACGCAAAUCACUGAGAAGCAGAUCAAGUAUGCAAAAAAGAACCUGGAAAUAUUCUUAGAGUUUGUUCCGUAUACCUCUAAAUCUGCCUCCUCUUGGUUACAACAGCAACUAAAGAAGAAUCCUGACUACCUUAUACAAACGGUGGAAGAACCAAGACUUGAAGAUAUAAAGUUGUUAAGUUCGCAAGAAAACGAGUUGGUUGAGCUGCUUGGAUGCUGUGAGAACCUGACAGGAAUUCUCACAACGUAUACAUGGCUACUUGAAGCAGAUGUGGCAACUGUUGAACAACUUUUAGACCACCCAAAAUGCAAGCUGUUCAGUACCCUCCAAGAUGUAGUGUCUGCCAGUGGAUCCAGCAUUGUCAAUACCCUAAAAGAGUCUGUCCUAUCUGGCAGCACGCUUAGAAGAAAGCAAGGAAGAAUCUUACGCGAAUUUAUCGCUGCUGUAAUUUACUUUUUCUUGGAACUUACUAAGCGUGGUCUCCCACCUUUCACGGAUGAUGAAAUGUGGACUGCGCCAUUUCAGCGCAUAUUUGGGCAAUUCCUUUACGGCUUUAUAUUCCAAAGUUCAAUAUUCCAAAGGAGUAGCGAGAUGGAGGAUAUACUUUAUCGAGAGAAGGCAAAGGAUAGUAAAAAUAUCGGUUUACGACUGAUGGAAGCGUUAAAGGAAAAAGAAUUUGCAGAAUCGCUUAAUGCAUACUUCCAAUUGCUGGGAGGCGUCUUAUUUUCAGCAGAUUCUCCUUUGACCACUAUGCUAUUGAAAAAAGAUGCGUCGGUGCCUGGUAUACAGGACCUGUUGCAGGGAUUGGUCAUGGCUCAGGAACAUGAGGCGAUGGAUGAGCUCAUUGAAAACGGAACGGCAGAGACCAAGUUUCCGUUUUCCGCACCUGGAUCAAUGUUUAGGGGCCUUUAUGACCGGUUCAAGCUUGUAUCUGGCACCAAGUCUCCGGAUCAGAAAAUGAUCGCCACUAAACUACUAUCUGUUUGCUUAAUGAGCUCUGAGGCUCUUCAACUUAUGGAUGACCUUAUUGAAUGGAUGAGCCAAAAGUCUGCUGUAUAUAUUGAGUACUCGCAGCCGAUCUAUCAAUUCCUAUCAAAACAAUUUGAACAUGUAGCCAGUACACUCAUAGACCAUGUCGAGGAGCCUCAAGUACAAGAGUUAAUAGUUGGCACGGUUUCAUAUCAUUGUCAAAGUUUGCAAAACAGGAACGAAACGAGGGAUUUUACACGGAAGCUUAUUAACAUGAGGCCACUUUGGGAAAAAAUACAACUUCAAUGGACCGAUAGCAAGAGUCGUUUGAUGCUAGCCAGACUUUUGACCAAAUUGAGUUCAUUGCAAGAUUACAUACCCAAGGACCUUCAGACACCAGGCCAUCUUGAUAUCAUAUUCAAAUGCUUUCAAUAUUUUCUGGAGCCGAAGAUUCCGCUGGGGAUGAAGAACGAGGCCUUUCCGUCGCUUCCUCUCUUCUUACAUUUUGAUUCUUUUUCAUCUCAGAUUGAACCCAAGCUUAAAUCCAUGUGCGCCAACGACUUUCCACGGCUGAGCAGUGACCUUGACAAAGCCAGUGUUCUCUAUGUAGAAUACAUAGAUUGUCUGGACCUUCUUAUACGAGCCAUGGUAGAAUCAAAAUCACGCAUGGUUUUCGAGCUGCUCCUGACAGUCAUAUUUCAAGAUGACAAGCAUUCACACUCCACAGCGUUGUAUGAUGGCAUUGCAAACUAUUGUGCAAAACUAGACCCUCUUGAAUUUAAUACGUCAGCGUCCGUUUGUUUCCAGUACUUUUUGGAUGGAACUAAAGAUUUGCGAUUCCGCAAAAAUGCAGUAAAAGCUAUUCUGGGUCCUAUGUUGAGACAGGUGCCACAGGGACAUGUCAUUGCCUUCUAUGAGAACCAUAUUACCACGAUCAUGGAUAUUCUGAAAGCGGAAAUUACAAGUCAUCAAGUUCAUAUCCCCUUGGCGGCUAUUGAAGAAAAAACAUGCUGCUACAACCUCAUGCAAAUCUUGUAUGAGCGCUUGCCAGCUGAACAGGUUCAUACUACUAAGAGCUCUAUAUCUGUCAAAUGGGAACAAUCGCAAAAUGCUGCUGGAGAAGGUCGACAGAUGACUAUAGACUUGAUUCGAUUCGGUCAUAAAUUAAGAGGGCAGAUGCCGAUUCGUUCCUUCCAAAAUGAGCUCAAGAUAAGCGUACUUCAAUGUCAACAAUAUGCUUAUAAUGCCAUGUCUGCCGCCAUCGUCUGUACACAGAAAAGCGAGAAAUUCUUUAUAGGUUUCUGCUUUAAGGAAAAGCAAGAUGAGCGUAUCUGGUCUAACCUACUUGAUGUCACAACUCCUGUUCAGCUACCGAUUGAAUUCAGCAGACCGCCUAUACGGGCAAAGCUGAUUGAUUUGAAAUCCAAAGCCUGGGUGGGAGGCGAGAAAAAGCAAUCCGUCCGAUAUCUGUCGUCACAGUAUCUCAUGGGAAGCAGCUUGUCACAACCAGCUACUCUCAGCGAUAUGCCAUUGAUCGAAAAGAUUGAUGAUAAAGAAGGUAAAGAGGAGCAAAAGCAAGCAACAGUGACCUUGGCAGUGAGCAAUGAAGAAUCGGCUUUGGAUUUAGAGUUGGACUUCUUCAAUAAGCAUGCCUGUAUGACGACGAUACUUAGGAUGAUCAUCAAGCUGCAAAUUGAAAUUACACCACCACCACAAUCAGGAUCUGAAAAGCUACCUCUUUGGAUGUCAGAACUUUACAAGAGUUUUACAUCCAUGGGUAACGAGUUGAAUGUUCGACUUUUUAUUUCCAAACUAAUUGUGAACUGGCCGGUUGCUUUUGAGAAGUAUGCCAAGCAAUGGAUUAAACCAUUAAUGAAUUUGGUCAUGGAGGAAAGGGAAUACGGAGAACCUAUGAAUUAUCAUGUUCAGGAUCUAUGUUACAUCAUCGUAUCAUGGAUUCCAAGCGUUCCUUUUACAUCAAGCAGAGAAGAUAAAAUGUUGAUAUUCAGUUUUAUGACAUAUUUAAUGCGCCAUGCUCAUCAUCACAACCGGACAGUACUUCGAACUAAUUUGGACAUCGUCAAGCUGUUUUUUGAGCAAUGGAAAGAACUUAUCAUCGUACCAACGAGAGUCAUCUUCGAAAAAAUUGGAAACCCUGAGCUAUCAACAAAGGAAAAAGUAACUGGAUUACAGCUAUGUGGUAUUGCUCUUGCACAUGAUAUGCUUCCCACAGCACGUGCGCCAGAAACAUCAAGUAUGGAGCCAUCCGAUAGCGAGUUUUAUUUAAGCAUUGUUCAUCGCGUGGACGCUAAGGAGCAAGAACUAUUUGCUGUUGCAGCCGAGGUUGCAGGCUGGGUUUUAGCUUUAAUGCGCAAGAAGGAUUGUUUGAAUACGGAAUUUGAACAAACAUUGAUUCAAAAGUUGAAUAGGAUUGCUCAAGUUAACGAAAGCAAGCUUCUCAUUUGUCUCUAUAAGCUACAAAUCAAUGAUCGCGUUAUCUGCAAACCAUUCAGCAAUAAGGUGCUUGACAUCCUUCCACGACAGAACGGAAAACUGAGAGGUUAUGCAUUGAGGGUACUUGCAUGCAAUGCCCACGAAAUUGAACAAUUAUUUGAAAGCCUGCUGUUCAAGAACAUGUGGAAGACGCUGCAACAGAGGGAUGAGUUCAAUCAAAUAGCAAUGCUAGAGAUGCUUGAAAAAAUCGCCCCGACUAUUGAAUUGUCAAGAAUCGAUAGUAUCCUUUCUCUCCUUAACCAGACUUUUGUGGCCCAUCCCAGCACGAACUGCAGGGAGAUAUAUUACCGCAUCCUGCAAGACUUUUACCAGGUUGCCAAGAAUGACCCUAUCAUCCUUCAACACAUCAAGAUUGGGCUUCUACGUGGAUUGGUCGAUUCUUCUGAUUCCAUUCGGGUUGGUGCAGCAACAUUCUGGCGCUCUCAAUACCCAAGUUCAGAUAUUUUUGAGACUAUCAAGUUUCUUCUCAGCGAUAUGUACGAACCAGAUGUUGAGGAAAUAUAUCUGCAGUAUUCAAACUGGAUGAUUCUGGAUGCGGCAAAAUCUAGCUUUGAUUACAACAAACCCAUGUUCGAACAACCAUUGCCAAAUGCCAAAUUUGACGAGAAUUACGCCCAAAUCAACACCUCUUGGAGAGCAAACUCAUCCAUGGCGCCAUUAUUUGUGGCAUCAUUCGAAAAUCAAAACCUUUACGGCGGAGACGAACUGUCGCCUGUUCUACGAGCUACGCAGGAGGCUUUAGAGUUUACCCCCACCAUGGCUGACGAUUACAGAAAUUCACAAAUUGUAUCAUCUCAGUCGUCUAUGCUGUUUGAGUAUGCUGGAAGCAGCGCAUCUGUGAUUUUGGAUACUAUCAUGAGUGAAUCUCAAAGAGACAUUGACGAAGUCAGAUCACAAGCAUAUAGUCAACACGAUGCUAAUGGAAAGUUGAGGAACAGAAGAAGGUUUAUAAAGCAACAAAAUCAUGCUGCAAGCAAAUUCUUUCGGAAUCGAGAAGCGUCGAAGAAGAGGAGUAUGACACAAUACCAAACGUAUCAGAAUGAGGCGAGAGAACACAAGGUCAAUUUGUACCGUCGGUACAGGGUCGGUGACCUACCUGAUAUCCAAAUUCUCUACCAAGAUUUGAUAUUGCCACUCCAGUCCCUUGGCCAAAAGGAUAUUGAAAUAGCUCGCAUUCUCUAUCGAAUGUUAGUGAUAUCGAUCGCUGAUGCAUCGGCCGAGCGACCACCAUCGAUGAUAGAGGAAACAGCAAGCUUAAGGCAGCAGAUAUUGCAGCAGCUGCAUGCUAUGCUUCAGCGGACUACCCUGCACUAUCCACCCGCAAUUAACAGCUUCCUGAGAAUCUUCUAUGAUAUGGAUGGCUCAGAGUUGAGUCCGACGUUGAUAAAGUCAGUCUCUGAAGCAAGUUUCAAUGAGCAAACGGGAAUUACGUUGAUAGAGAAGCAACUUCAGACUCAAACUAGCCCUGAAAGAGAUUCUAAGCGAUCCAAAACUGAUAAGAAGGCUUCCCUUCAACCUUACAGCAAAGAUCAAUGGAUUCAACUUGCAUCACUUUACAAUUCUAUCAAUGAACAUGAAAUUUUUGCAACCUUGUAUUCGGAGAACAUCGCAUCCAAACAAACCGCGACAGUGGCCAUCGAUGCUGAAAGCGAGGGUGAUUAUCUUCUAGCAUCCGGUAUGCUUCUGGAUUUGAUCGAACAAUCAAAUGAGGAGGUCGGCUACACUGAGAGCAAUAUAUGGGAACAGGAGCGUCUAAGGUGUCUUGAAAAGAUGACUUUAUGGGAUGAUUUAGCUUUGAAUGUUUUAGUUGAAGUGGAAGAUGAUGUUGAGCUGCUAUGGGACUCUGGAACUCAGAGAUACUACUUCGACUUCUUUAUGAAGUGCUUUAGUAAACUCUCAGAUGGUAUCCAAAAGCAGGAUGAAGAAUUCAACCCAUGGACAGAAACAAAUCCAAAUCCACUAGCUACGUUACUCCACAAAGCUAUGGAUACACCAAACAGAAUACAAUAUCUAAUAUCAAACUAUUCACCAGAACUAGCUGCUCUCCAUUUCCAGAAAAACGACAUGGAUAGAGCUCGUUACUACGUGAGACAAUCGUAUCGUCACCUCAUAUCGUCCAUGUCCCGCUUAAAUCCACUAGCAACAAAUAGCAAGUACCUGAGGUUGCAAGUCAUUCAGAAGAUAGUAGAGAUGGAUGACUUUCUCAGUACUCUGCAUAAAAAAGCACCAGAUGGGAGCACUGCUGGGAUCUGGCAGCAGAUGUUGAUGAUGGAACACCGCUACCCGUCUCCUGAGGCAGACACGAUGGAUGUUUGGGACGACUUGAUGAUCACAAGAAGCUCCAUCCUUGACAACCUCGCACUUGUCAAGGAGCAUAAUAUGGAUGAAUUGAACCAGCGAUCCAGACAGCUCCAAAAGGCGAUGCAUAUCAAAAUGGCCGACGUAGCUUCCGGGCAGCGUAACUUUGUUGUCGCUACUAAUGCUCUUCGAAAAGCUAAAAAGUUUCAGAUUGAUGAUACAGAGCAGUUGAACUCGGCGCUCAAUAUCAGUCUGGGAAAGCUUUCAAUAACAAACAACGAUGCAAAGAAGGCAGGACUUUUAGAUCGCAUGAUGAACAACGUUUGCAGUACAACCGUUGCCAGCAAUGUAUCCACCAAAAAGAAAUUGGACUUCAAUCUCAUCGCAGCCCAAGUCCUAGAGUCUGCCAUAAUGUUCAUGAGGAAUUCGAACGAAGGGACUAAGCUUUUGCAAGUUUCAAAAAGUUCAAAGUGGAUUCAACAACUGAAUAUCAAGAAUCAAUCGAUUGACGCAGCUCUUCAAACUCUAUGUGAUGGCGCCUAUGAUUACUUGAACCAGGCGGUUAAAGCGGUCUCUGAUAUGCCAAAUGAAUCUUCACAUUGUAUCUUUCAGUUAGCAAAGUAUUGCGAUCGCAUAUUGAGGAGUACCGCAGACAGUAACUUGAAGCCAAUUUCAUUCGAUCAUUUGAGCUAUGCUCAUACUGUCAUUGACGGCGUUUUCAAAGCAAUGGAUCUCGGUGUUAAAGAUGCAACGCACAUCUUUCCAAGACUUUUGGAGCUCAUUGAAGAAUAUCCAGCUACAAGAGAACAUUUCAAAAGGUGCUCAAAAGAGUUCAGCGGAAUUUGGCUAUUACUCCCUUGGUUACCUCAAUUAGUAGCUGUCCUCGACAAAGCCAUAGCUCCUUCAGUGAAUCCACUCGUCAAAGCCAUCGCGAAGUCUUACCCGAAAGCUCUUUAUUAUCCCAUGGCAAUUAGCAAAGAACAUUAUAAGUUCGAUGACUCUCAAGAAGGAAAGAGACAAUCAGAACAAGUUAAGAUCAUUUGGAACAUGGUGUCGUCACCUCUUAUGGAUGAUUUUGUUACAGAGCUUCGGCGUCUGACAAACCCCGAACACAUUGUUAAAGACUUUAUUGACUAUGCUAUGAGCCUUAUGGAUAAUCCAAGUCGAGAUACCCGUAGGAUCCUUGGAGCUUUCAAUGACAUGAACCAGCUACUACUGGACCUGAGGAAUAACAGACUUGGUCCGAUUCCGAAGGCGUUUGCUUUGAAACAUGCAUCACAAUUGUACUCCUUCUGUGGGAGGGAUGGAUCUAAGCUCACUGGUAUGACUUCAAAGGAAUUCCGCAAGCUUAUCAAAUAUUAUCAAAGUGAUAUACAAAAUCAAAAGCUCCCUGGUGCUCCCGAACUACUGAAAUCGUAUUCACCAUGGUUGGCAAACUUUCACUAUGCGAACUUUGCAGAGGAGAUUGAGAUACCCGGUCAAUAUACCGGUAACCGCAAGCCAAAUCCAUCUCAGCAUGCUAAAAUAUCUAACUUUGAUGAGAGAGUGCUUGUUAUGAGCUCAUUGAGGAAGCCUAAACGUUUAAGAAUAUACGGUACCGACGAGAAGGAGUAUUUGUUCUUGGUUAAGGGUGGCGAGGAUUUGCGAUUAGACCAGCGUAUCCAGCAACUGUUCUCAGUCAUGAAUAACAUUAUUUCCGGCAACGCCUUCUGCUUGAGGCAGGGUAUUUUCCUUACCACAUACAAGGUCAUCCCGAUGACGGGCUCCAUCGGCGUCAUAGAGUGGUUGGAUAACACUAAGCCAAUUCGUGCCUGCCUAGAGGAAAAGCCUGCUCGAAAGAAUCAAAUGGUUAGAUUGCAAGAAGCGUAUCGUAGCUGGGUAUCAAAUUUCAAAGGAGAAACAAUGGGCUACCGGGCUUUGCUGCAGGCUCCGAGGGACGCUGUGGUCAAGCAGUUCGACAUGUUCACAUCAACUUUGCCGUCCCAUGUACUGCGCGAUAGCAUUUAUUCACUGGCAGCGUCUCCUGAAGCAUUCCUUGCCAUCCGCCAAGAUUUCGCUUACAGUCUUGCAGCAAUUAACGUUGGUGGAUACAUUUUAGGUAUUGGUGAUCGCCAUCUGGAGAACUUUCUAAUCGAUAGAAAAAGCGGGCGAUUGAUAUCCAUCGAUUUCGGUCAUGCCUUUGGAUCCGCUACAGAACUUUUACCUGUACCAGAGUUGAUUCCCUUCCGUUUGACCAGACAAAUGAUCGGAUUUUUGGAGCCACUGGGAGUUCCUGGUUUAUUGCGUGUGCCCAUGAUCAAUGUUUUGGAAGUUCUAAGGAACAGUCAGGAUCUGUUACUAAAUGUCAUGGACAUUUUUGUGAAGGAACCACUUAUGGAUUGGAAGAAGAUAGCUAUCAAGCGAGGAAAAGAGCAAAAGCGAGAAGGAACAGUUACUAUCCCAAACACUGGUUCUACAGAUGAAAGUGCCGAUUUUGACCAAAUCGCAUGGUAUCCACAACAAAAGCUGGAAAUUGCAUCAAGAAAGCUCAGGGGUGAAAAUCCGGGAUAUAUUGUGGCUCAAGAAUUGGUGAUAGGGCAUUCCUCCAAACCAUACAUCUCUUCCAUCAAGAAGGUUGCGAUGGGUGAUAAGAACUACAACUAUAGAGCGAAAAUCCCUCAAAUGUGUCCAACCGUCAGUGAUCAAGUGAACUGCUUAUUGGAUCUAGCGACAGAUAGCAAUGUACUGGGCAGAAUGUGGGUCGGAUGGAUGUCAUUUGUUUAGCGUCAGUGUUUGGAUAUAGGAGACACUGUUAGUCUAGCUAUACAUAUUGUACUUUCCUUUCAUCGGACCAACAGCAUGGUUCAUGAUGUCCUGACUCUCUUAUAUGUAAAUAUACACCCAAAAUGACUUUUUUAAAAUUUCAAAUGUUAAAAAGGAUGAUAUACCUG